UUCAUUUGUUCAUCUCCUUGAUCACACACGAUCGCUCUCCACCACCACACUCUAUCUCCUCCUCCGUGAUCUGCAACUCAAAUGCGUGUUCAAAACCCUAAUUUCUAGCCCCAAUUCCGACUACCUUUCACCGUCUAAGUAACUCGCUGAAAUUCCCCGAGUUCAACAUCCGGUGAAUCACUCUUCUCUCCAAGUCUCCUGGUAAUCUGGUAUGCAUUAUUGCCCUGUUCAGUUCCCCAAUUUCGAGAAUUUUGUGAUUCUAAUCGGCGAAACUUACUUCCAAGAAUUGUUACAACAUGAACAUCCACUCCAUUCUCUCUUUGCCGCCUAUAUCGCCGUCGCAUAUCACCGAUUCACCGCUCGUUCCGGCGGUAUUCGUGCUCGGUGACUCCUCUGUGCGCGAGUCACCUUCUUCUAGGCUCCGCUGGACGACAAGGCAUUCCGCCACUCGUCCAUUUUUUGAUUUAAAUCUGGUUGCUGCGGAAACAAAAUUCUUGGAAAUUUCGCCCGCGCCGACCGCCUCAGUUAUCUGCCUACCGGAAGGUUCUGCAAUGGCAGAGUUCCUGUUCAUUUCUAGGUUUGUCAACUUUUAAAUCACAGGUAGCAUCCUUGUUGACUUUCCAAAAGAGAUACCGACCGGCGGUAUCUGUGUAAUAUGCAGCCUCUUGAUGUUUCUACUUCUUAUUAAGUACGCAGCUUCACAAAACUUCUUCUCUCCAAGUUCAUCUGUCUGGCAGUACCAUUGACACAUCUUGGGCUUCAAUUUGGACGGUGUGAUUAGCUCUCGCUACCCCUGUUAAUGAGUUUGACUGCUGAACCAAGCUCUAAACUGAGUUUUGCAGAUUAGCAACAAAAGCAGCAAUGGACGCAUCAAAUGUGGUAUCAGCUGCUCAGUGGAUUGGCUCUUCACUAAACCAAGAGGCAAAUGCAUUAACCGGAGUGAAAAAUCAAGUAGAGAACCUCAAAAAAGAGCUGCAAUUCAUGCAACAAUAUCUCCAAGAUGCGGAUGCAAAAAAAGAAGUGGGUGAAGAUCAUACUUUGAUAAGUCACAUGAGGCAGCUUGCCUUUGAUGCUGAGGAUGUGAUUGAUUCUUAUGUCCUUAAAGUUCAUGCUCAUCAGUCUGAUGAGAGCUGGUUCAUAAGAAGCGCGUACUUCCUUCUCAAUCUCCCCCAUAUCUACAAGGUGAAAGAACAGAUAGAGCAGGUCCAAAGUGGCCUAAAACAAAUCAUCGAGAAAUUAAAAACUUAUGGGUUAACAAAGAUUACUCAGCCCGUGCAGAAGAGGGCACAAUUCCCACGCAGCUACCCUUAUGAUGAUGACAAUGGUGAGUAUGUAGUUGGCUUGGAGAAAGACAUUCCGAAGUUGAUAAGAGUACUUAAAGGUGAGGGGAUGGCCAAAGUACGCGGUCUUGCUAUUGUGGGGAUGGGUGGCUCUGGAAAAACUACUCUAGCUAGGAAGCUUUAUAAUCAUUCUUCUAUUAGAGAAUGCUUUAACUGUAAGGCGUGGGUUUCCGUAUCUCAAGAAUGGAACACUGCUCAUCUCCUGUCUGAGAUAUUGAGACAGGUUGGGGGCCUUAAAGAGACGACAACAACCAAGUUAAAUGACGGGUCGAGUGUGCCAGAAUUGGUGGCUGAGCUACGUGAGAUCCUGGAAAAGAAGUCAUACUUGGUGGUUUUAGAUGAUGUGUGGGGAAGCAAGGCUCUAAAAGAAAUGCGCCCUGUUCUUCUAUGUGGAAAUGUCAGUGGAGGAGGCAAGAUCAUCAUCACAUCUCGUAAUGAAGAAAUUGCCGACUUUCAAAAUCUCCAAAGCAACCUAUAUAGCUAUGAGCCCAAACCGUUAAAUGAGGAUGAGAGUUGGAUGUUGUUCAAUAAGAUUUCUCUUAGUCAUCGAACAAAUUACAACAAAGAUAAGUUUGAAAAUCUAGGUAGGGAAAUGUUGAGGAAAUGUUAUGGACUUCCUUUGGCAAUAGUGGUAUUAGCCGGGAUUUUAAACACAAAAGGAAGCUAUGAGGAAUGGCUACUAGUGAGCAAAGCCGUAAGAUCAAGAGUGAUGCAAGGUUCGUGCACAAACACGUAUGGUAGUGUACAAGAUUUGAUGGCUCUAAGUUACGAUGAUCUACCUUACGAAAUAAAGCCUUGCUUUCUUUACCUAAGUGUAUUUCCAGAAGAUUGCAAAAUUUCAGCUGGAAUGUUGGUUAGGAUGUGGAUUGCUGAAGGUCUAGUUGUUGCACACGUAGAGGAAGCGGUAUCCCUAGAAGAAGUAGCAAUGCAGCGUUUAGAAGAAUUAAGCCACCGAUUCUUAAUUCAAGUAGUGAAAACCAAUUUCAACGGAGCCAUACAAAAAUUCCAAUUGCACGAUCUAUUGCGCGAUCUUUGUGAAAAGAAGGCCAAAGAACAAAGUUUUCUUCAAAUUUAUACUUCUAUUUACAAUUCCACGACCAUGCGUGUUGACGCACUUACUAAAGCAGUCCAGGCACGCAGAGUUGCUCUUCAUUCCAGCACCUCAUUUCCCAAACAAAUUUCGAAUUUGCGAUCACUUGUAAUGUUGACAAAGUCAAGCAUCUUGACCUCUGCCUAUGAUAUUAAAGAGACCUUGGGCUUGAAAGUUGUGAUCAAUUCUUUCAAUCUACUUAGAUUGUUAAAUCUUUGGGGCAUUCGAACCUCAAGUGGUAAAUUACCCAGCCAAAUUGGAAGUUUAAUUCACUUGAGGUACCUUGGAGUUCGUGCUUCAAACAUUGGAAGUCUUCCAUCGUCAAUUGGAAAUUUGAGGAACUUAUUGACCUUAGAUUACAGGGAUAUUGACCAUGGACCGGUUAGAAUCCCCAAAAGCUUGCACAAGCUAGCAUUACUUAGGCAUUUAUUUUUGCCAAUUGAAUGCACUUGGGUUAAUAAAGAGAUGGUUUUGAGUGGUUUAAAGGACCUGAAAAUACUUUGGGGUGUAAGAUGCAAGCCUAGCAAGAGGUGGAAAAGAGAUGAUGUUGAUUGGUUUUCAAGAGAAAUGACAACAUUAAGCACAAGUGUGGAAAAGUUAAAAGUGGUGGUGUCAACAAAAGAGAAUUUGGAGGCUGCUUUCAGCUGUCCCAGCCUUAUUUUGCAUCGGCUUCGUACAUUUCAUUGUGAGUGGGAUUCUGACAUAGCCUUACAUCGUGUCAAUCCAGUCUUUCGUCACAGCCAACACUUGCUUAAGCUGGUGUUGGUCGGGAAAAUACAAGUCGACAACUUAUGUUUCGUAUUACCAUCUAACCUUGUAAUUCUAGAAUUGAAAGACAGCAUGCUAGAGGAAUGGGAUGGAAAUGACAACCCCAUGAUUGCUAUUGGAUCAUUGUCCCACCUGAAGGUCCUUAAACUAUCAAAUUCCUAUUUGGGAUCUACAUUCUUAUGUACGGUUGGCUCAUUUCCUGCACUUGAGGAGCUCUACAUAAAGAGUCUUAAAAACUUGAAGACUUGGUCAGUUUGUGAGGAUGCAAUGUCGAGUCUUAAGAAGUUAGUGAUCCUUUAUUGUGUAGAGCUACGGGAGUUUCCCCAAGGUUUGCCAUUUAUGGCCACCCUUCAGCAGCUCGAGUAUUUUGAAGUACCUGAUGAAUUUGGGAAAGAAGCAAUAGAAUGCGGGUGGUCUGAACAAAUGCUUAAAUUGCCUCAUAAUAUUGGGGACAUCAUUAAAUCUUGUGAUUCUGACGUUGAUGUUUCUUCCAUCAGCAAGCUCCAUGAGCAGCUCACUGCUGGUGUUUUCUUGAAAGACAAAAAAGAGAAGUUUUGGGUCAUGAAGAAGCAUUUUCGCUACUAUAAUUGCUUCAUAUUAUACCCCCAGAUAAGCUGUGAGGCUUGUCAGUGCUCGCUCUAUGGUGGCAGAUGGGAAUGUAACGAAAUGGAAGAAAGCAAUGGCGGUGCAUUUGUAAGGGUGGGCAAACUAAAAUCAGUACCUUCGGAUACAAGUGCACCGAUUGUGCGUGGGGAAUUCCUGGCAAAAUAUCUGACUCCGAAUACAAGAUAUGAAGUUGCUUUUGUGGUGAUGUUACCACAAUCAGCAUUUAAAAGGGGCAUGCCAUCUGCUACUUGUCUAAGUGAGAUAUAUGAAAGUAGUCGUUCAGAGCUGUUGCAACAGGAACACCAUCUAUCCGACAAGCCAAGGGAUGAAUGGGUACAACUUUCGGGCGGUGAAUUUCAGUCACCGUUGUUCUCUUCAGAUUCGGUUUUUAUUGUGUUCACCUUGAGGAAAAUCCCUGUCGGGUUGGUAAUUCAAGGUGUCGUCUUUGAGCCAAAGCUUGAAGUAAUCGCCCCGUGAGUCCAUAUGUAUUAUUCGUAUGUAUAUUUUCUGAUCAUCAGUCCAUAUGUCCAUAUGUAUUAUUCGUGUUUGCUUGUAUUUUCUUAUCACUUCAUCAGUCCAUAUAUAUCCUAAUGGUGGAAAUUUAGCAGGAUCCCAUGAGUAUGAUAAUUUUGAUCGUUUUCCCCACGAGUACGCUUUCCUCGGUAAGUCUUGAUUUGAUACCUUUACAUGGCACUCUGUCCAUAAGAUGGAAUAUAUAGACUUGUAAGAAACUGGAUUUUGUCAUUGUACUCAAUGUUAGAAGUGGUUGAAAGUAAGACAGAUUUGCGAACA